GUCUGCAGGCGUGUGGAUAGGUUCUUGGCAUUAGCGAAUGAUCGGCUCUGCUCUCUCUCUCUCUCUCACCCACACACAACAAACCGAGCGGCUAGCCUUUUUAUUUUUCGGGAGGGCUGAUGCGGUAGGGAGAAAGGGACUUAUCUUCGCCGCGACAAUAGGGAUUUGGCUUAAUUGGUCGUCCGGAAAACUUCCACCAUCUCAGUGACUGUUCCCGCGAGCCCGCCCUGACAACCAGCAAUGAAGACGGCGGGAAAAGGCUAAUUAGCAGCUGUGCCGUGUCAAUCGGUUCUUGCUGGGCUUUUACAGUGUUCCGGAUGCAGCUGUCUACGGAGGAAAGUUUUGUAGCACCGCUUAUGAUGUCAAACUAUAAGCGUGCAACUUUUGAAGAUGAUGAUCCUGCAGAAUCAGCAACAGAUGGCAAUGCCUCACCAGAAAGUGUGGAGGUUGGCUUCAGAAAAGGUAAAUCACUUUCUUUGGGAUCCAUUGGAACGAUAACACAGUUGGAACUGACCCUGUUAGCAGUCCUCUUGGUUGUAGUUAUGGCCCUGAUUGGUUGUAUUGUUACUCUGGUAAUAAAGAAUACCCAAGAUCCUUCACAUAAAAUUUGUCUGUCUGAAACUUGUAUUAUGGUGGCUGCUAAAAUAACAGAAUCCCUAGACCGUUCAGUGGACCCCUGCAAUGACUUUUAUCAAUAUGCCUGCGGUGGAUGGAUAAAGAAAAAUCCAUUGCCUGAUGGAAGGUCACGUUGGAAUACCUUUAAUAGUUUAUGGGACCAGAACCAGGCAGUUAUGAAACAUCUUUUGGAAAACUCCACCUUUAAUUCUAGCAGUGAGGCAGAGCGGAAAGCUCAACAUUAUUAUCUUUCCUGUUUGAACGAACAAAGAAUUGAAGAACUUGGCGCACAGCCUUUGAUUGAUCUCAUUAAUAGGACAGGAGGCUGGAAUAUCACAGGUCCCUGGGAUAAAGACAACUUCAUGGAAGUGCUAAAAGCAGUUUCUGGGACUUACAGAGCGGUUCCUUUUUUCACUGUCUAUGUUAGCGCAGAUUCCAAAAGUUCCAACAGCAAUGUCAUUCAGGUUGAUCAGUCAGGCUUAUUUCUUCCAUCUCGUGAUUACUACCUAAACAAAACAGCCAAUGAAAAGGUACUGCAUGCAUAUCUGGACUAUAUGGUUGAACUGGGUGUACUUCUGGGAGGAGAGCGUAAUUCAACAUACACUCAAAUGCAGGAAGUUUUGGAGUUUGAAACUAUCCUUGCAAAUAUCACGGUUCCCCAGGAUGAGCGUCGAGAUGAAGAGAAAAUAUACCACAAAAUGACCAUUGCAGAUUUACAGAAUUUAGCACCUGCCAUUGACUGGUUGGAUUAUUUAUCAUUUGGACUGGCACCAGUGGACCUGAAUGAAACAGAAUCAGUAGUUGUCUAUGCCAAGGAAUAUCUGCAGAUGGUGUCUGAUCUUAUUAAUAAUACUGACAAGAGCAUUUUGAACAAUUACAUGAUAUGGAAUUUAGUACAGAAGACAGCAUCCAACUUGGAUCAGCGGUUUGAAAAUGCACAGGAAAAGCUUUUGGAAACUCUCUAUGGUACAAAGAAGUCCUGUACUCCUCGAUGGCAGACUUGCAUUGGAAAUACAGAUGACACUCUAGGAUUUGCCUUGGGAGCAUUAUUUGUGAAAGUUACAUUUGAUAAAGAUAGCAAAAUAAUAGCAGAAGAAAUGAUUAACGAAAUUCGAACAGCAUUUAAAGAUGGUUUGGACAAGCUUACAUGGAUGGAUGAUAAAACUCGACAAGCAGCUAAGGAAAAGGCUGAUGCCAUUUAUGACAUGAUUGGUUUUCCAGAUUUCAUUUUAGAUACAAAGGAGCUGGAUGAAGUUUACGAUGGGUAUGAAGUAUCAGAGGAUUCAUUCUUUCAAAAUAUGUUGAAUUUCUACAAUUUUUCAGCCAAGGUAAUGGCGGACCAGCUUCGGAAAGCACCCAACCGUGACCAGUGGAGCAUGACACCUCCUACAGUAAAUGCCUAUUACCUGCCAACAAAAAAUGAGAUAGUCUUUCCUGCUGGUAUUUUGCAAGCACCAUUCUAUGCUAGAAGCAGUCCAAAAUCUCUGAACUUUGGAGGUAUUGGAGUAGUGAUGGGUCAUGAAUUAACACAUGCCUUUGAUGACCAAGGCAGAGAAUAUGAUAAAGAUGGUAAUUUACAACCAUGGUGGCAAAAUUCUUCAGUUGAAACUUUUAAAAAUAAAACUGAGUGUAUGGUUAAUCAGUACAACCAGUAUACAGUAAAUGGAGAACAUAUCAAUGGAAAACAAACAUUGGGCGAAAACAUUGCCGAUAAUGGUGGCCUCAAAGCUGCAUAUCAUGCCUACAAAACAUGGGUGAAACAGAAUGGAGAAGAAAAACUAUUGCCUGCAGUUGAUUUGACCAACCAUCAGCUCUUCUUUGUAGGAUUUGCACAAGUGUGGUGUUCUGUGCGCACACCAGAGAGUGCCCAUGAAGGCCUCAUUACAGAUCCACACAGCCCAGCCAAAUUUCGAGUUAUUGGAACAUUAUCAAAUUCCAAAGACUUUGCUGAACACUUCAAUUGUGCAACAGGGACCCCGAUGAAUCCUGGAAAACAAUGUGAAGUGUGGUAGCUGUGCAUGUCCUAAUGAUGGACCUUUACACUGGAUAGUUUUCACAGGAAGUCAAAAAGCUUUGAAACACUGACCUAAGAGGAAUAAAAAAUAAAAGAAAAUGUACAUUAUAUCACGCACUUUUUGUACCACAAAUGUUAAAAGAUUAUUAAAUGUUAAAAAUGCA